UCAUACUUCAUUUUCGCUCCAACUUGGACAAUUGCGCUGUCGCUCUCCUGCGAUAGCCUGCCCAUUUUGUGGAGACUCCCUCGCGAGAUCGUCAAUUCCUGUACUAAUGGCCGUCUUGUCCUUGCUGCAACAUCUGGUGGUCAGUUCGUGCAUGGGACUUGAAGCCGCAGAUGACCUUGCCCCAAGGUGGUGUAGGAGUCUGUCACCUGGAUGGUCAGCCAUCCCUAUGCCUGUCAUUCAUUCCUCUGCGCCUGAAAAUUCCUACUCUUUAGUCCACGCUGAACUAAGCUUUCCGUCCACCACCCACACUAAUGCAGCUGUAGGCCCUUUCUGCUGCAGGGCACUCUCCCAGAAAGACGUCUUACCUCUGAACAUAAGUACGGCACGAGUCCUUCCAAAUAUGCCCCUCAUAUUCGGUAAACCCAGGGAGGAAAUUGGCAUUCGACGGAUUUCCUAUCUCUGAACACCUUUUCUCGCUUGCCUCGUCCCUCUACUAGGCAGUCACCUGCUAGGCAACACAACAAAACUUGUCUCAUCUCAGUCCUUCCUGACGCUGCGCCCUCCUGUGACUCGACCAGAGGCCGUACGCCCUAGACCCGCAUAUAAACCUUGCGGUGCUCAACUCUACAGUUAGCGAAACUACACCUCC